GGAUGUAAUCCUCUUGCUGAGACUGGUCGAAGCAAACUGCAAAAUCAAAGAGCUGUCCUAAACCAACAGAUCUUAAAAGCAGUAAGAAUGAGAGCUGGUGCUGAAAAUCUUUUAAGAGCAACCACCAACAACAAAGUACGAGAGCAGGUACUACUGGAACUAAGUUUUGUAAACUCAGAUCUGCAGAUCUUAAAAGAGGAAUUGGAAGGACUUAAUAUUUCAGUAGAAGUUUAUCAAAAUACAGAAGAGGCUUUCAGCAUUCCCUUGGUACCUCUUGGCCUGAAGGAAACCAAAGAAGUAGACUUUACACUCCCUCUCAAGGACUUUAUUCUGGAACACUAUAGUGUAGACAGUUCUGAGUAUGAAGAUGAAAUAGCAGAUCUCAUGGAUCUGAGACAAGCCUGCCGCACUCCUAGCCGAGAUGAAGCUGGCAUUGAGAUGUUGAUAAGCUAUUUCCUUCAACUUGGUUAUGUAGAGAACAGAUUUUUUCCACCCAACAGGCACAUGGGAGUUUUAUUUACAUGGUAUGAUUCCUUCACAGGUGUCCCGGUGUGUCAGCAAAAUCUGUUGCUUGAAAAAGCUAGUAUCUUAUUCAACAUUGGAGCCCUCUACACCCAGAUUGGAACAAGAUGCAAUCGUCAGACCCAGGCUGGACUUGAAAAUGCUGUUGAUGCUUUUCAGAGAGCUGCAGGAGUCCUAAGCUACUUAAAGGAGACCUUUACUCACACACCAAGUUAUGAUAUGAGCCCAGCUAUGCUGAACGUGCUAGUAAAAAUGAUGCUUGCACAAGCUCAAGAGUGUGUUUUUGAGCAGAUUGGUCUUCCUGGAAUACGCAAUGAGUUUUUCACACUAGUGAAAAUGACACAGGAAGUUGCCAAGGUGGGAGAGGUUUACAUGUUGGUUAACGCUGCAAUGAAUCAGGAACCAGUGAAAGAGAAUAUCCCUUAUUCCUGGUCUAAACUGGCACAAAUAAAGUCAGACCAUUAUAAGGCUCUGGCACAUUACUUCAUUGCCACCAUUCUGUGUGACCAUGAAUUGCAGUCUAGUGACGAUGAAGACCAACAGGAGAAAGCCUUGUCCCAGUUGUAUGACUGCAUGCCUGAAGGACUGAUGGUUCUCACCAUUUUAAAGGACAAAGUUCAGAGAAAACAAUUAGGGAAAGCACAUUUACGCAAAGCUGUUGUUUACCAUGAAGAAGCUCUAAGAGUCUGUGGCUUGUGCAAAAAGCUUCGAAACAUUGAUGUUCUUCAGGAGGUUCUGACAGCUGCACAUAAGCGCUCACUUCUCAAAUAUGCUCAGCAAGAGACAGAAGAUGACUUUCUCAGUCUAAUCCAGGCUCCAGAUAUCCUUCCUAAAACAGAGCACAAAAUAGAAACAAUCACUCCUCAGUUUUCCAAGGUGAAAAUUAAAGACUUUUUUCACAGACUGGGCCCACUGACAGUGUUCUCAGCCAAGCAGAGAUGGACGGCUCCACGUACCAUUCGCAUCCACCAUGAAGGAGAGCUAGGAUUCAGUCUUAAAGGAGGUUCACCAGUACAGAUUUAUUGUCUUGAUCCAGUUUGUUCUGCAGCAUUGAUGGGCCUAAAAGAAGGCGACUACAUUGUUUCAGUCGGUGACAUGGAUUGCAAGUGGCUUGGAGUGAACGAGGUGCUAGAAAAAUUCAAAAGCAUGGGAGAGCAGCCCAUUGAGAUUGAGGUUAUCAGUUGCCAGGAUACAGCAGCUUCUAUGCAUAGUAAGAGUGCAACUUAUUCUGUGGGAAUGCAGAAGACAUACUCCUUAAUCUGUUUAGCAAUGGAAGAGGAUAAGAUUGAUCAGACCAAGAAAGCCCCACUGAAACUGCCUUUUCUAAGUUGGGGAACUAAAAAUAGACAGAAAGCUGCAAGCACCCUCUGCCUGCCUUCAGCUGUGGCUGGAAGUUCUCAGAUUAAGAAGAAGCUUUCUCCCUUCACACUUUUGAAUACGGAAAGUUCAUUGUACUGA